AUAGACGCUUUUCAGUGGCGACAGACAGGGCAAGCGAAACGACGGACGUCUCGAGCAUGAGCGGCAGCACCAUCAUCCUUUACGACCACAGCGCCCUCGAAACCAAAGCGUCCGACCUAUCCAAGGAAAUAAAUAGUUAUAGCCAUGUUCAGUCGUUGAUAUCUUUUACGCCCAAUACCACUGAACUGGUCAAGAAGGUCAUCGUGUUUCUUUCCACCGUGGCAGAUGCCGCCUCUCCUGGGACCGAGGCAGCCCUGAAGGCUUGUUUCGAGGCUCUGGCCCCAGAGGGAGAGCUGGUUGUCAAGCUCUGCAGUAGCGACGCCGGUGACGGGGAGGCGAAGGGAGGAAAAGAAGAGACGUGCGCAGGCAUGAAAAUGCAGCUCCUACUGGCUGGUUUUGUGGACGUUGAGGUGUUACCGGCCUCCGCCUCGAGUAGCGCGAGCCUUAUCGCCCACAAGCCGCAGUGGGAGGUCGGGGCGGCGGCCUCGGUGUCCCUCCCUGUCUCCCUCCCCCGCCCCGCUAGCUCCUCCUCCUCCUCUUCCACGGGGCAGUCAGCGGCAACGUGGAGGCUGACAGACGUGGACGGGGAGGGAGGGGAAGAGGGAGGGGCGGAGGGAGAGCUGAUUGACCCCGACUCGCUGCUUGAGGACGCCGAGGUGAUGGCGGGUCUGGCGGCGAAGAGGGCGGAGCGGGAGCAGGGGCAGGGAUGCGAGACGAAAAAACGCGCGUGCAAGAACUGCAGCUGUGGACGCGCCGAGCAGGAGGAGGGGCGGGGCGGGGUGGCCCUGCCCGUGAUGAGCGAGGAGGAGCUCGAGGCCUCGGUGUCCUCUUGCGGGAACUGCUACAAGGGCGACGCCUUCCGAGUUUGA